UUGACGAGGAAUCGUACCCGCGGCUCUUUAGUUUAUAUCGAAACUCGGUAUCGCAACGACGCCAAUUUCUUUUUUCCCUCUACAAAACCCCGACACCAAAUACAAAAGCUUCAAAUUACAAACUUAUUUCCAGUAUACUCGUGUUGUGUGUUAAAGUGAAUAGAGAAUGGUCGAUUGAUUUUUUUUUGUAUAUGGUGUAUUUUUGGCCAAUUAAUUUUGAAAUUUUGCACAGAGACGGAUAAGAACAACGCGAAAUUUUCGGGGAACAAAAUUAACAAUCAGUAAAUGUUAAAAUGGAUGAAUGCAUCCGGAAUAUACAUAUUAUAAUGAAUGGUGAAACAAAGAACCACAGAACAGUGCUAUAUAUGGUUGAAUUAAAAAAGUUAUAUAUACUCAACUGCACAGAAUUUAUAAUAUAAUAAAAUAUUAAAUUAUCCCGCAUUCUUUAGCGUUUUUUUAAAGUUAACUCAGCUCACAUUCAAACACAUUCUACAGAUCUCUUUAAUAAACUUCUUUUCAUACACAUUGUGCUCAGUGAUUUGUCCUUGAGUAAAACGCAAGUGGAGAAUGCAGACAAUGCGAUUUACUAUUUAACAGAAUUAUUAUAUUCUAAUUGAACAAUUUUAAUGUGUUAAAUGUAAUUUGAACGAUAUAAGUUGUAAAACAUGAGCAUAGUUCAAUGGAGCAUAAAAUAGUGUGUUGAAAUUUCAAGCUAUAAUACAGUGCAUACCAUAUGGUGUUUCUAUACGACAAAUUAUUUAUGAUCUCAUGAGAAGACUCUCUCUCUAUGUUUAAAUAUUAAUAUAUCAAAUGGAUUCAAAGUGCAAUAUACAUUUGAAUGAAACUGUGCCAAAGAAUAUCUCUGAAUGUCCAAUUCUAUUUUGCUAAAGUAAAUAAGCCAAUGUACAAACAAAUAUAGAAAUGUGACAUAUGUGCUUUGGAGGAGGCGCGAGGUUCAAGCUGUAAGAGGGCCUCUUAUGUCUACACUCGAAGCUUAUCUUGUCUAGUGACAAAACGGAAAUACGUUGACACAAGUAUGGCAUUCGAUGAAGUGGAAGAUGGAUAAAGGAUUUGGGAACUAAAAAAAAAUAUAUUAUAUACAAUUUGGCAUUUUCCUACUUAAAAAAAAACAAUGGCAAAGAGAAAAGUAGGGGUGGAAAAGAAACCACCACGACUCAGCUAUAUCCCCCGGAGUCCCAGUGCCACGCCAACGGAAGUUCUGUGUUUGGAUGAAUCAGAAACGCUGCUGACGCAUAUGGAUCACUACCCGAGGCUGGUGACCUCCGAGAGGAAUAGCACAAACACCAAAUACCUCUCUCCGACGGUUAAAAUUGACGAAGCGUCGACCCACCAUAGUGAUGCGUCAAUAAUAAAUGGAGCAACUCAGGGAAAAAUGGAUUUAGACGUACCCCUGUCGUCCGUACCAAAUUUAGCAAUGCGACAAAAGAGACUCUCCUCAUCGGGUACGUCUCACUUCACAGAAGUUGCCUCAUUGACAAAUUUUGUCAAUUCCGGUAAAAGAAGUACAGGAUCCAUUCAAUUAUCCAUGGAUCGUGGACCACAUGAUUGGGGUGAGACAACAAGGAGUUAUGUUAAGGCACAAAGGAGGCAUGCCGGUAGAACAACAUUUAGAGGACAAGUCUAUAACUUCCUAGAACGCCCAUCGGGAUGGAAAUGCAUAAUCUAUCACAUUUCAGUGUUUAUGCUCGUACUCGUAUGCUUAAUUUUUAGUGUUCUAUCGACAAUUGAUGAGUACGCGGAUUUUACAAACGAAACACUAUUUUGGAUGGAAAUAUGGCUUGUGGUAUUCUUCGGAUUAGAAUACAUCGUUCGUCUAUGGUCUGCUGGAUGUCGUUCAAAAUACAUGGGCUUGUGGGGACGACUACGCUUCAUACGGAAGCCCAUUUGUAUCAUAGAUUUGAUUGUCGUCGUGGCGUCCAUGGUAGUUCUGUCUGUGGGAUCAAAUGGUCAGGUCUUUGCAACGAGUGCCAUUCGUGGCAUACGCUUUCUGCAGAUUCUCCGGAUGCUGCAUGUAGACCGGCAAGGUGGUACAUGGCGACUUCUUGGUUCCGUCGUAUACAUUCAUCGUCAGGAAUUGAUUACAACGCUAUACAUUGGAUUUCUGGGACUCAUAUUUAGUUCGUACUUUGUGUAUCUUGCUGAAAAAGAUGUUGUUAGUCCUGAUGGCAAGAAGCACUUUGCUAGCUACGCAGAUGCUCUAUGGUGGGGUGUUAUUACGGUGACAACAAUAGGAUAUGGGGAUGCUGUUCCGCAAACGUGGAUGGGCAAAAUUGUAGCGUCGUGUUUUAGCGUCUUUGCCAUUUCAUUCUUUGCCCUACCUGCGGGUAUUCUUGGUUCUGGCUUUGCCCUAAAAGUGCAACAGAAGCAACGUCAGAAGCAUUUUAAUCGUCAAAUACCCGCCGCUGCAAUGCUCAUACAAUGUUUAUGGCGUUGCUAUGCUGCCGAUAAGAAAUUCCAUAGUGAAGCAACGUGGGAUAUUCAUGUACAGAACAAAGAUGAGGCACAACCCUCGUCGGGUUCAACGGUACUCCCAACCCAAUUGGGAAAGACCCUAAUGGUGCAGGUGGCGAAACGCGGAGCGAGUGUCCUGAAGCGUCGAAAGAGUCGCAAUCGUAUGGAGCAAUCAGCGGCAACAUGUAGUACACCAACUACACAAAAUACCGGCGAGCAACCAACACCACGUAGUGAGUCAACUGAAGGCGAUGGGGCUUUUUACAACGACGAACCACGCAUUGGAACACCAAAUCGCAAUAAACGCGAAAAGGAAGUGAGUAGGGGAAUUUUUACAAGUCAAACGAGCUCAGUCACGGAAGUUGCUAGCGAUGAAGUGGAACAGUCGGAGCAAAUGGAACAGGAUCAAGAGGGUGAUGAUGAUGCAGAACCAGCACGAGUGACCUCAUUAACCGAAACUCACAAGAAUGCUAUCCGUGCUAUAAGAAAAAUAAAAUAUUUUGUAGCCAGACGGAAGUUCCAGCAAGCAAGAAAACCCUACGAUGUUCGGGAUGUAAUUGAGCAGUACUCACAGGGUCAUCUAAAUAUGAUGGUACGAAUUAAGGAGCUCCAGCGACGUUUAGAUCAAACACUGGGGAAACCAGGUAGCUACUUGGUGAGUGGGGAUCGUGUUGGGAACGUGAAACCAAUGACAGUGGGUGCUAGGCUAUACAGUGUUGAACAAAAAAUUGGCGGAUUGGAAAAACAACUGACUGAAGUGGUCACAAAUAUGACCACAAUACAACAUCAACUGCAAAGUGUAACAAUAUUGCUAACUCAGUAUUUUAGUACUCAGGCUCCCAUAGAGGCAUCGAAAAAUUCUAUGGUAGCUACAUCACAAUUGAGGUACAUUGAAGACGACAUGUAAAGUUAUAAUAAAUUUUAAAAAAAACCAAACAAUCGAAGAAAAUAAUCGAAAUUUGAAUUUUAUCUUUUGUCUGCAUACGUCUGAAAGAAUUAAAUCUUUAUUGCUGGUAUCCGAAUUAACUACUUGACGUUAGAUUUAAUUUUUGUAUAAUUAAUACUCUUUGGUCUAUUUCUGAUUCAUAAUGAUGUAGUAGUCAGCCAGGGAGGGAUGUUUAAUGCCUAAACACUCCAAAUGUUUUAAUUUUUCUUUAAAGAUCAAAGAAAAUAUUUAAUUUGAUAAAAUUAAAAAAAGAACUUUCAAACGUUUAUAAAAGAAACAUCGAACGUUAAUAUUAACGUCAAACGCUAGAAAAAAGUCAAAUAUUAAAAAAAAAAACAUACAAACAAUUUUUCCAAAAACUUAGUUUGAAUGGAACAGCCUUUAAUAAUAGAAAAACAAAAAUAAUAUGAUUCUCAAUCUUCAUAAACCUAAAUUUCUUAACCUUUUCUUAAUUUUAUUAUUAUUUUUUUUUAAAGCUGUUUUAAUAAAUUUAUGACUACACCCCAGCUAAUUCUUCUAAAUGCAUUGUUAUUUCAACGAUUGUGUAGCAAUUGACCUUUAGUUGUUUUUUAGGGGAGGACAAUCAAAUCGGACCUUCUACAUUCGAUUUUAUAAUUUAUUUGUCUAAUGAAACAAAUAAUUUAUGUACCAGUUCAAAGAUAUCAACCCCAAGAUUGCUUAUCAUUUUAUUUGGAUGCUUGAUGAUAAAAAAAAAGUUAAUUGACCCCAAUAUAAAGAUCUUAUUCAUUGAAUUCUCUAUAGAAAUUAAUGGAACAGAGCACCACUGCAGAAAGCAAAAAGAAGAAUUAUUCUAUUCAAAUAUUCCCUUAAAAGACAUCAGAAAUUGCCAACAAGUUCUGAGAACAUUUCAAAAGAUAACUGAAUGUAUCUUUACCCAUUUAAAACUUUAGAAAACUCUUACAGGGCCGUAUUUGAGACAUUAUCCCCUACAAAUUAUACAACACACUAUUAAACGUUUCACAGAAAAAUAAAAAAAUAAAACUAUGAGAUUAAAAGAAAUAGUAUUCAUGUAAUGUUUUAUCAAUCUAUAUAAAAAAAUCCAUGAUGAAAAUAUUUACUUAAAAAUACAAAAAUUUACAUGAAUGUUUAUGGGAAAAAAUUAAAAUCACUAAAAAAAUAAAUAUAUAGGAAAUAAGUGAUUUGCCAAAAUGGAUCUUUUUAGCUAUCAACAACAGGAAAAGCGGUGACAAUAUGAGCGUCAAUGUUAUCAUUGUCACAAUUUUCUCAAUCACAAUGAUUCUAGAUAACUACGUACAUAUAGAAGAAUUUUUUAUUUUAAAUUAUUGCAAUAAGUUAAUUUUCCGAAAGUCUACAGCAUAGUUUUGUGCUAAUUCUAUUUUGUCUAAAGAUCGAAACCGAAAUUAAAAAAAAAUCAUACAAUUCGAAAAGUCAUAAAAUUAUUGAAAAAACAAAAUGUAACCUCACAGGGUAACAAAGAACGAAUCUAAAAAUUUCUUUAGAAAUUCUGUAAUUUUACAGUCGAAACUUUAAAAGUAAAAUUUAAAAAAAAUCCUGAAAUUUAGGCUUGUCAAAAGAUUAAACAUAAACUGAUUUUUAUGAUUUCUAUGAAAAAAAAAACAUAAAUAGAUACAUUAAGGUGGAUACAAUAAAAAAUAAAUAAAUUAAUUAAGAAAAAAGAUAUUGCUGCAAAUGAAUGUUUGAGAUGUAUUAUUUAAAUGAUUCUGAAUUUAUUUUUAAAUGAAGAAUAAUUUUUUUGUUUUUCUAUAGGUCCAUUGUGUUUUUCGAUUAUUCCUUCUAAUGAAGGAUUCGCCCAUACGGAAGUGAAUAAACUUCUUCAAUUAUUAACUUUAAUUUUAAAUUAAUUUAUAAACUUCUUCUAUAUUGGACUUCACAAUGAAAUAUAAUGAUUAGUAAAUAAAUUUUAAAUUUUUUACAUAGCCCAGCAACACAACACACAGAAUCAUAACGCUAAAACAUUGCUAAUUAUUUCUUUAUUAGGUAUAUAUCUUUUUGUACGCCGAUAAAAAUAAAAUUCAAUUAAAUCUUUAUCAUCUUGUUAGUUAAAAAAAAAAGUGAAAUCCAUUAAAGUAAUCUUCUUCAUUAGUCCUCAACAAAACAAAAAUCAUUUUAAAAAUUCGUGAUUGUAAACGAAGUACCUUAAAUAUUACAUACUUUCCACCCUUAACUAGAAUACUUUCCUUACCAAAGUAAGAAUAGUUAAUAACUAAGUUGGGGAAAGAACAUCUUUCUAGAUGUAACCCGGAAAAAAAUUAAAGCCUCAUAAAAAAUAAUUUUCAUUUUUCCUUUAAAUUUUCAUCAAAAUUCAUAUGUAGAAGAAAUACUCACAUUUAAAAGCUCAGUGAAUGUUAGUAGAAUAAAGAACAAUCAUACGAACUUUUUUACUGUUUUUCUUUUCAUUUAUUUAAGAGUAAAUUUAAUGAAGUAUUCUGCAUUUUUUUAGUAUUACAAAAAUGCCUACCUACUCCAAAAAAAUUGAGGCGAAUAUGUGAAGAUUUAAUGUUUAAUUGAAAAAGACAUUUUUUUAAAUCACGUACCUAUGAGUAGAUAAGAAUAAAAAAGAAAUAUAUGACAUUCAAUCGAAAUUUUUUGAGUAAAAAAAUAAUUUAGAUCUAUUUUUAUUUUGUAGUUUCACUUCUACAAAAUAUCAUAAAGUAAAACAAAUUAUUGAAAUAAUUAAAAUUAAAGUUAAAAUUAGUAUUUCGCUAAGUAGAUAGUAUUUAUUUCACAACAUUAUCUCAUUAAUUUUCGUCACAAUAUUUGUGAUGACCUUUACGAACAAAAAAAACAUUAGACUCCACACUUUACACCCUUAGAUUAUGGACUGCAACUUAGGGCCUUCAAAAUUCUCAAUGAGAAAGAAAUCUUUAAAGCUAAAUCCUAUUUACUGGAAUUAUGCGUUUUUAUGGCGCAGUGGUAUGAGUUUGUGCCUGGUACUUUGAGAAACUUUUAAAAUUAUAACAACUUUGCAUAUCCAUUGACCAAUCUAAGAAAAAACUUUUAAAUAUCACCACUAAACAUUUUACAUUUUCUACAUAUUUUUUUUACAUACAUAUUUACAUAUUCUAUGUAUGUUGCUAUUGGCAUUUAAGUGAAAGGAUUAAGUAAGCUUCUGAAAUUUUUAUUUAAUCUUACUUAAUUCAAUAAUAUUUUUUAAGUAUUAGGUAAUUUGAAAUACAUAUUGCUGAACUUAAUGGAAUAUAAAUUAACAUAAAAGUCAUUGAUUAGCAUGUAUUAGCUAUUAAAAUUAUUUGAUAAGAAUAAAGCAUGCAUUUACAUAUAAUUAAAUAUUAAAUCAAAUAUGUAUCUGUCACUCAGUCUUGAGUAAAAAAAAGAAGAAACGUCUUUCUAUAUAGGUAUAGUUUGGCUUAAAUAGGAAAAUUACUGAAUAAAUGCGAUUUCGUUCUAUUGAUUAUGACAAGAGACUACAAAUUAAGUAAUCUCUAUAAUUUUUCGGUGACAAUGACCUUACUUUCGCAUAGCGAUUAAAUAAACUCCACAAACUAUGUAUGUACAUAAUUAACUUAAAAACAAAUCAAUAAAAAUAAAAUAAAUGUUAAGUAUUAGCCCAGUAUGUCUAGGAAUUUUGUGAAGUCUGAACUUCAAACUUAUCAAGAAAAGUCAAUUCUCAACCAAAAUUCUUGAAAUUUCUUUUAUGAGUUCCUAAAACUCUCCCUCUAACCGAAUCUAUUUCGAUCUAAUCUAUUUUAUCAAAUGGACAAAUCUGGGUUAAAGUGAAAAUAAAUAAUACUUGAAUAUUGCAGAUAAAAAUAUUAUAAAAAUAAAACAUAAAAAUCAUUAAUUAUUAAGCGUGAAGAGCUACUAGAAUUUAGUAAGAAGAAAGCAUUUACAUUACGAUUAAAUUUGAAAAUUUCUGUGAUCUCAGUGCUGUUACGUCAAUGUGUUAAUGUUUUAUCGGGAGUCUUCUAUUUUGCAAAGAUAUUUUUCUCAAUUUAAUUUUAUUCCUUAAGAGAUUCUUUAUACUAUUUACGAGCAUUGAAUUCUAAAUCAUAUUACUUUUUAUUUUGUACAUUGAGCAUGGUGCGAAAUUUUUUUUACCUAACAUUAACAUUUUUUAACUUUCAUUGCCAUCGUCGUCAUUGAUUAAUAAUAAAAAAAAAGCUGCCAAUUAAAAUAAAGUUUUUAUUUGAGAACAAAGUUUUUUUUUACGUGCAUAUUUACAUUAGAUUAGACUCAUAGAAGAAUUUUGAUAAAGGAGUUUACUCGAUAAUUUAGGGGGAAAUCCCUAAAUCGGGGAAAUAAUUGGGAUUCGCGUCUUGUAGAGGAUCACAAAGAAAACAAAAAGUCACCAAAGAGUCUUUUCAUUACAUAUUCACUUAAAUCAUUUUCGUUAGCUCUACGUCACUCUAAGUACAUAAAUCAUAAAAUUGUAUGAAGUAUAAAAAGAUUUUAUUUCAAAUUAAUUGACGAAGCAUUAGCCUGAAUGCUUCAUGCAUUGAAAGAGAAAAAAAACACAAUGACGUCAUUAUUUAAAUUUUUAGGCAAAUUUUUACCGUCUCUAAAAAAGCUAAGAAAGUGAUCCCCGUAGUGGAAUUUGGAAAAAAAACCUUUUAGGUAUGGUAAUUUCUCAUUUCCGUUUUUAAUUUCCUUCAAGACUACACAAAUAGUGGUUUUUCUCCAACAAAUCGGGUAAACUCCUUUACAAAGGGUUAUUCAAUUCAAAAAUAAAUUCAUAAUUUAUAAAUCUUUCAAGGUUAUUUUUGUAAAAUUUAAUUUCAAUUUAUAUUUCAAUGCUCAGUAGAUAAAUUUGUGAAAAUGAUUUUUUCUUCAUUUUUUAAGGGUUGCAUAACAUUAUCAAAAGACACAACAUAAAUAUAUAGAUGUUUAAGUGUUCAUCUCCCAAAAUACCUAUCAUACCUAUCCCUAUACAACAAAACAUAUUACAGUGUCUAUGAAAAGAAAAAGUUGCCCAUUGAGAACAGAGGAUAAACUUGCCCCCUAAAUGGACUGUUUGGAUCCUGAAAAAUAUCCUAAUUUUUUACACACAAAAAAUACAGACCAUGCUAUUCUUUAUAUUAAAAAAAUAGGAAAAAAAAUUAUCUUUCGUAAGCAUUCUAAUUCUCUUUGAAAAACAUUACAAUCUUGACUAUCAGCGGAAUAAUUAGUGCUUAAGUUUGAAGCAAAACUUUUUGUUAGCUCUUAAAUAAUUUAACACGUUUUGUAAAUAAAGUCACCUUAGGGGUAAAUAGUAGUAGUGAAUGUACUUCAGAAAACUUAAAUAAAUUUUAAUUUUUAAUCUAAAACAAA